AUGUUGCUGUUAAGAAUAUCAGUGAUCCAAAUCAUGGUUAUUUAUUUCACCCAACUCAUUCAAUCUCACUAUCUCAUUACAGCCCGAUCACCUCUUGGUUACAACGACCGUCCAAUAAUAGGUAUAGUGGCACAAGAAGCAAGUUAUCAUUUACGAAAUGUUUAUAACAAUGCGUACAGCAGUUACAUCGCAGCAUCCUAUGUUAAGUAUAUUGAGAGUGCUGGAGCUCGUGUUGUGCCGAUAAGACUUGGAAGACAUGAGUCAUACUAUGAAGAUAUUAUGAGCAAAGUAAAUGGAGUUCUUUUUCCUGGAGGUUCGACUAAUUUUACUACGAGAAAUGGCUUUUUCGACACUGUAGGGAAAAUUUAUAGUAAAUUAUUCAAGCAUGCACCUAAAAAUAUUAUUGAUAUUUUAAAAAACCAAUCAGUAACGGCAAAUUUUCAUAAACUUUGUGUGACAAUGAAAAAACUUAAAGAGGUCAACCUGUCAAACACUUACCAUGUAUUGAGCGUGAACUAUGACGAUAAUGGGUUAAGGUAUAUUUCAACAAUGGAGCAUUUCAAUAUGCCAUUCUACGCUACGCAGUUUCAUCCAGAGAAAAAUAGUUUUGAGUGGGCAACUCGAUUAAGGGGAAUACCUCACAGUAAAAAUGCCAUCAGAGUUGGCCAAUACUUUGCAAAUUUCUUCGUCGACGAAGCUCGCAAGAAUUUUCAUACUUUUGUAUCAAAGGAAGAAGAAAGUUCAACUUUAAUUUAUAAUUAUCCUAUCACAUAUACAGGCCCAACUAGAUCAUCAUUUGAGCAGUGUUAUUUGUUCAUCGAUAAUUAG